AUGGGCAGCCAGACGGUGAUUGUUAUCGAUGAUGAUGAUGAUGAUGGACUCGACGAUCAAGACAUGCGCAGCCGACCCUUCAACUCUUCGGUGUCAUUCACAGACCAGCAAGACGAGAACGAGAACCCGACUGUUUAUCACAUGCAUAACCCAUACGAUGCUCAGAGAUUGAUACGCUGGUUGAGCAACUUCGACGACAUCCCGGGAAAACAAGAGACUAUUUUCCCAUUCUCUUCGCUACCAAAAUUACCUGAUCACACUAGAAUCACGCAUAGACCAGAAGAGUUCCACGAAAUUAUCUUGUCUGACAAAAGUCUUCUUACUCUGCCAUCAAUCGCGGAGAGAAUAGAAGCAGGCAUCGACGCGGACAAUAUGGCAGAAUGGCUUCCACAAUGGGCCACGGAACUCCAGAGACUAAAGAAGCAACAACAUCACUCCAAUCUCCAGGAGCAAGGUGUCAAGCCAACCAGACAACCUCAAGCUCGACCAGCAACUUAUCGUACCAAGCAGGCCAAAGACUUCAGAUCUCUCGUGUCAAACGAGUUACUUUCUGGACACAGCAUCGAAGCUUUCAUGAAGUUACCCGUGAUGCAAAGGUUGGCAACAUACCGUGACAAGCUGGAGGCUCCUGGUAUGAUCGAGAUGUGCGAUCCAUCUACUAUUAGCACUGACCUAGCAACGCAUUGUAUCGGUUCGAUCCCCAAUCAGCACGCGCGUUCAUUUUUGGCUGCCUCUGCUCUCAGUCUUCUACCACCGAGAGCUCAAGAAGCUUGGCGAGAGGCACAACGCCACUUCUGGAGGAACAACGUCUUCGUCGUCAACGCGUCGCAUAUCAUAGCUGUGCUCAAUAGUUUAAACGCUCGUAUUAAGAGCUACAUAGGCAUGAUUCACGUCGAUCUAGAAGCUCUAGACGACAUGGAUGAGCUAGCCUGUUACGACUCCUCGCAUCUCAACGGUAACAACAGCCAGACUCUCGAAGCUAUCCGCCAGCAAAACCAAGAUCUACGGCGCCUCAUGGAAGAGUGUUACGACCUGGCUUGGGCAAGGAUUCAUGUCCACAGUGACUGGCUAAAGGGCGAUAUUCAUGAUCUGGUCAAGGCACACCGCGGCUGCCAAGCUCCUGAGGAUCAGCACAAAUCGUGCCGACAUAUUCUUCAAUACAACAAGCUCUGUAUGAACGCUCAACGACGUGUGGAGCAUCUUACGUGGUUGUUCUGCGAGUCUCUGAGAUGUAAAGAAGGGACUGUCUUUGUCGAUGUUGAGCAUCUUGGCCUCGACGGCACCACGAGGAUUCUUGAGGUCCAUUUCGACCACGCGAAGCUCGAUGAGGUUGACAAGAAGAUUCGAGCGGCUCCAGAGCAGAAAAUACAGAAGAAGGAGCGCCCAGAAAAAUCGCGAGCAUCGAAAAAGCCAGCUUUCAACGGGUUCAAGAGAGGGGAAGUGAUCGACUUGACUUGA